UCUUGCUGUCUUACGUUGUGCCCUUAAGGCAUUUUAAUUGAAUUCAACUAAUUCCACCUGUGUCAGUCAAUAAGUUAUAUUAUUUUACUGGCUAUGGAAUUACAAGGGACGGAACCGAUGUCCCUGGGUUCGCCCACCUCCCCCAAACCCGGCCCAGGUGCCCAGUUUCUGCCCGGGUUUCUGAUGGGUGACCUGCCAACACCGGUCACGCCCCAGCCUAGGAGCAUCGGCACCCCGGGUGGGAUAGAGCUGCGGUCGCCACUGAUGGCAGGUGGGUCACCUCCUCAACCUGUGGUCCCCACCCCUAAGGACAAAAGUGGAGCACCCCCAGUGAGGAGCAUAUAUGAUGAUCUGGCCAGUCCCGGGAUGGGGAUAUCCCCCCUCAGCUCACGCAAGCAGCCGUUCUCAGUGAUGCAGACCCCGUUGUCUGGGUUGGUGGCCUCCACACCAGGAACACCAUCAAGUAUUUUUAGCCCUGCUGCCGUUGGCCAACAGAGAAAGUCUGUGCUCUCCCCAGCCCAGGUAGACCCCUUCUACACUCAAGGCGAUGCUCUGUCGUCAGAAGAUAACCUGGACGACACGUGGGUCACAGUUUUUGGGUUUCCUCCAGCUUCAGCCUCGUACAUCCUUCUGCAGUUUGCCCAGUAUGGAAACAUAUUAAAGCAUGUGAUGUCCAACACUGGCAACUGGAUGCAUAUUCACUAUCAGUCUAAACUCCAGGCUAGGAAAGCACUGAGUAAAGAUGGGAAGAUCUUUGGGGAAACCAUCAUGAUCGGGGUUAAACCGUGCAUAGAUAAGAGUGUGAUGGAGGGCUCAGACAAAGGAAGCUCCUCCUCCAGCUCCGCCUUCACCCCGGUGAAGACCAAUGGCACGCCCAGCCAGCCCGUGGCCACGCCCCGCUCCGCCAUGAGGCCCCUCAGCGCCGCCUACAAGGCCUCCAGCAACGACUACCAGGUUGUUUCUGAUCGACAGACCCCAAGGAAAGAUGACAGCUUUGUUUCUAAAGCGAUGGAGUACAUGUUUGGCUGGUGAAAGGCCUUAUCCUUGUGGGUG